AUGAGCAAUCCCACAGCAGAGCAGCAAACUCGCUCCAGCAUCGAUCGACCCUCUUUACCCACAUACAACGUCAACAACACCCAGCGGGGUAACAGCAACGAUGGUUCCACCAAAUCCGCAACAGCGGUCGAUGAGGCCGAAGAGGACCAACGUCGAUACUCGAACGAGCGCGAGAAGUUUCYAGCAUUCGGAGUAGGACGGGCUGAGAGUCAACACACCAUUCAAACGGAAUACGAUCAUGCAGAUCCGCUUCGAUCAAUCGUCUCGCCCGGGACACAGACUCGAGAGCAAGCCAGUAGGCUGAAUGACGACCUACAGCUUCUCAAGAUUGAGCGACAAAUCUCUAUGGACGAUGAACUAUCCCGGACAAAGAGUGCGGGCGGCGAUACAUCGCGAUCAAAGUCCCGAAAGAGAGCGGACCAUGUUGACGAGUUUGACGAGGCGACCAAUCCUGUGCACGAGAAAACGCAGGUCUACAAGCCCGUGGAAAAUCCUUCGAGCAGUUUUGCCAAAUUCGUCAAACGCAUACACAGAUCGAAUUGGCUUAUACGGUACUUUACGUACAUUGUCCCCGUAACUCUCAUUCUGUUAAUUCCACUGCUGCUCGGGGCCUUGGUCUUUACUGAUGCAACCGUCGGUGGUGUUGAACUUCAGUGGUUCAUGACUUGGUUGCAGAUAGUGUGGUUGACUCUAUGGUGUGGUCGGAUCAUCUCCAAAUGCCUUCCAGCCCCGAUCGGAGUCAUGUCGACACUAUUUACCAACAACUCGAAGAAGUGGCGAGAUAUGGGCAAGCAGCUCGAGGUCCCGUGCACGAUUUUCAUCUGGUGGCUAGCGAUCGAGGUUUCUUUCUUGCCUACCAUGACCAACCAUCAGCGUGGCCGAGACAAGGGUGACGCUGCCCCUUGGAUGGGCACGAUGAACAAAGUUUUGGUCUCCUUCUUCGUCGGAGCAUGCCUGAACUUCUUCGAGAAGAUCCUCAUCCAGCUCAUUGCCAUCAGCUUCCAUCUGCGUACAUAUGCCGACAGGAUCGAAAUCAACAAGUUCCAGAUCGGCUCUCUUACCAAGCUGUAUGCAUAUUCCAAGGCCAAGAUCGAAAUGGAGGAUUCCGAAUUUGAGAUGCGAGAAGGGCAGUUGCCAGGAUCAGGCGCGAGAACGCCCGGGCAAGCUUUUGCAGAGGCUGCAAAGACCGGGAAGAAGGCGUUGGGCAAGUUCGGAGAUGUGGCCGGUAAAGUUGCAGGCGAUUUUACUGGAAGGCAGGCCGUCAAGUCUACACACCCAACUCAGGUGGUACUUACACUUCUCCACACCACAGGCGGUGCUCAAGUCCUCGCCCGCCGCCUCUAUCGUACUUUUGCGAGAGAAGAGACGGCGACUGUGGUCUCCGACGAUCUACGGUCCGCAUUCGAGAACGACGAGGAGGCGGACGCCGCAUUCAGCAUGUUCGACAAGGACAUGAACGGCGACAUUUCCAUGGAGGAACUGGAGGCUGUUUGUGUUGAGAUUGGACGGGAGCGAAAGUCGAUCACUGCUUCGCUGAAAGAUCUGGACUCCGUCGUCAGCAAGCUGGACUCUGUCUUCAUGUUCAUUGUUGCUGUCAUUGUCAUUCUGGUCUUGAUCUCUCUCAUUUCGACAUCCGCUGCUGGUGUUUUGACCUCUGCUGGCUCUGCUGUACUGGCUCUUUCCUGGCUUUUCAGCGCUACCGCGCAGGAGUUCUUACAGUCGGUAAUCUUUGUCUUCGUCAAGCAUCCCUUUGAUGUUGGCGAUCGUGUCGGUAUCUACGGUAACACUGGCGCGCUCAUGAGAGGAGAUGACUACUUCGUAAAGGAGAUUGCUCUUCUCUACACGGAGUUCAAGAAGAUGGAGGGUCACAUUGUUCAGGCCCCAAACAGCUAUCUCAACACUCUUUUCAUCCUCAACCAGCGUCGCAGCGGUGGACUCGCUGAAGCUGUCACCAUCAACAUCAAAUUCGGAACCACUCUCGAGCAACUGGAAGGACUGAGGAACAGACUCCUCGAAUUCGUCAGGUCUGAAAAGCGCGAAUAUCAGAACAACAUCCUGACGGAGCUGCGUGAGAUUGUCGAAGUCCACUCGCUGAACCUGAACGUGGUCUUCUUCUACAAAAGCAACUGGCAGAAUGAAGGUCUUCGUCUGGCAAGGCGCAACAAGUUCUUCUGUGCCAUGAUGGUUAUCAUCCAGGAAAUCGGCAUCGAAGGACCAUACAUGCGUCUGCCCGGUAUGAGGGAGUCAUUCCCCAUGUAUCUGGCCAACGUUCCGCAUGUCGGAAACCCGGGCGCUGGUCACACGGGCGAUCCCAACAACCCCCUUGGCACGCAACCCGAGGGAGAUGUCUCGCGCGAUGCACCAUUCGUCGCCCCGAUACCCGGGCAGGAAGACUCGAAUGGUUCGCAGGGCCCGGCACACCAUGGCUCAAUUCUAAGAGGCAGUCGAUCAAGGCAGGAAUCCAUGGCACAAAUGACAAAGCGGGUCGACUUCUCCUUGGGCAUGCAAGACAUCGCUUCAGGCGACAUGUCCGGCGACGUCUACGAAGACAGAAACACCACACGCUUCCAAAUGGACAUUAUCGAGGCCUCUYGCGAGAGGUCCCGCAAUUCCUCGGAGCGAGCACGUCUCAGCGCAGACACCGCACGCUCUUCCGGACGCGACGACACUUCCUCUUUCGGCCCGGGAAACCUCGCCCGUCGGUCAACCUCAACCACAACUCACCACAAUCGCUUCUUCAGCCGCCAUCGCCCGCAGACCGGGAAUUCAGAUGGCAUGAUGGAGAACGGCAUGGCUGAGAUUCCCGAGGAGCCUUCACAUAAUAGAAUCGUCGACGCGAGAAAUGGCUUUGUUCGUCCGGCUGCUUGGAGAGCAGCGCAGGGCGAGCAGAAUCCUUCUCAUAAUGCUCCGGAGGGAUAUCGAGCCCUUUCGCGAAGUCAGACUGAUAAUCUUGAGAUGAGGAGGCUGUGA